AUGGCUUUCUCCCCUCCUGCCAACCCCCACCUCCAGGCAUCUUCUCUCCCACAACAACUUCUUACCUUCAGCACCCACCGAUCACGGCUGCUGUAUCGCCGAUUCAUUCGACAUCAGUGUGUCGACGGCGCCGUCGCCGGGCCCACCACCGUCAAGAGGCUCUUUGACGAGAUCGACCGCGCUAUCGGAGAUGUUCUCAUUGUCUAUGGCGUCUCCGUCCAGCAGUUUGCUGAGAUUGAUAACGAGAGAGAACAACAUGGAAGGCGCUUCCGGCUUCGACGCUUCGAGGCCUCAGGCGAGAUCCUCAUCAUCACUAUCCCGACUAGACUACAAGAAGCACUUCACCUUGGGAUUUGGCGUAAAACCGACCGCGAAAUUCUUCAGAUGGGCCUAGAGAACAGUUGGAUUUCGACGGGUAGCGCAACGAAUCGGGCACUUAGCCACCCAAAUGGAGAUAGUGGAGAAGGCGAUUCGACCGGCGGUCCGAGCCCACAACAGGGCUCGCGAAGAGACAUGAGAUGGUGGUUUAGAACGUCAAACCACCAGGUCAAGAUCAUCCUCCUCGCCGGGUUCGACCGCGGCUCAAGGAACAUCAUUCUCGAGAAGCGGGUAGAGACCCCGGCCCGGCUCAAGCCCACCUGCAGCCAGGUCAUUACCAUUACGCAGGAUCCUGACAUUUCCGAGGCGGAUCGGUUCAAUCCUUCGUCGUACAGCGCCACUAAUGGGGCUUCACGACUAGAGUUUGGUCUUUUGUUCUUGCGACAACCAGGCCAGGGAGAAAGCGAUGUCGUUAUUAACAUCCAGGAUCUUCGAUGA